UAUUAGAAUACAAGGAUACUUUUUUCAUUAAAAAAAUGUCUGAUCUGAUAGAUUUUGAAAGUCCAAAUACAAAAAAUAUUGCAUUAUUACUACCAUCGCCUCUUAUACCAGCACCAGAAAAUUUAAAAAAUGAUGGAUUCAAUUCAAAUGAGGCUGGCUCUCAUAAUGGUGAAUCUGAAAAAUGCAGAAGUACAGAAAAUAAUCCAUUUGAUAUUGUGAUGAAAAAAAUUAUAGAUUAUGAAAGAAACAAAGAAGAUCCAUUUGAGACAGUAAUUGAGAAAGCAAACGAAUGUACUAUUAAGAUACCUGAGUCACGUGAUAAUUAUAGUACUCAAAAUACCAAAUAUUUAGAUAUUGUGAAAACGAACAAUGCUUUAAAAGAGACUGAAAUUAAUAUAGAUAUACCAUUAUUAAAAGGAGAAAAUGACAUGAGUAUUAUUACAGACUUAAACAAUACCAAUCUUAUUAGUGAUAGUAUCAAUGAAAAUGAAAUUAUAUCAACAUUGAGUUGUGAUAAUAAUAUACCUAAUAUAUAUAUUUCACCAACAAGUUAUAAUAAAGAUUUAUCACUUUUAAAUAACUCAUCAAUGAAUGAUUCUUUAAUGGAUCAUGAUGGUGAUUUAACAAAGGAAAUAAAAAAUAUACCUACUGAUUUUAGCACUUGUUUUAAAUCUAUGUCACAGAAUUGUUGCAAGCAAAAUUUUUUGGGUAUACAAAAUAAACGAUCCAUGUCUAUGUCAGAUACAUUGAAAAGUAACAUGUUUGGAGAAGACUAUUUAUUGAAUAGUGCCCAUUCUAGUAUAUUUGAAGAUCCAUUUAAUAAAGCAUUUCGUAAAAAUAGUUUAAGAAGUACUGUGAGCUAUAAUUCUAGUUAUUUAAGUAAUCAAUUUGAUUUAUCAUUAAGCAAACAGAAUUUAGACAGACGAAUUAGUAACAGUUCAGUUUUUUCUGGAUUAUCAAAUAUCUCUGUUAUUCCUACCGAUCCUGUUCUCAAAAUAAGGCAUAAUAGGUUUUGUAGUGAAAGCUCUCUUUUUUCUGGUAUUUCAAAUGUAUCAACAAUCUCUACAAAUAAUUUUAUUUCUUCAUCUGAUUCAUCAGUAUUUUCAAAUGACACUUUAAAUAAAGGAUUCAUUAAUAGCCAAACUCAACCAACAGAUUCAACAAACUCAACAACAGAUCCAAAUCCAGUAAAUGCAUGUGAAAAGUCUGAUUUGAUAAAAAAAUUUUUUGAAAUAAAAAGAAGAAUGUCAACUGCAGAAAUAGAAAAACCAAAAAUUGAAGAUAAUGAACAAAUUCAAAUAAAUCACUCUUGUACAAAAUACGACUCACAGAUAGAAAAAAAAGAAAAUUAUGAUGAGAAGCUUAUAGAUAUUGAUAGCAGUUUUAAUUCAGUUUUUAAUGAUGAAACUGAAGUCAAUGAAAUUAUUUUAAAUGAAGCAAGAUUACUUGCAGAAACUUUCGAAAAAAUGGCAUCAAGCAAAGAAUCAACCUCAAUAACUGAAGAUGAUUUGCUUUCAAAAAUCAAAUUAAACUUUGAUUAUUUACCUAAAUCAGAUGACGAAACUGUAGAUAAUUUAAUCGAUUUACCUACUUCACCCUUAAAAAACACGUUAUUGUCUAAAGUAGAUACAAGUACAGAAAAGCAUGUUGAAUCAAACGUGAUUUUACUACAAGAUAAUAUAAAAGCAUUAGAAAAUGAAUUUAUUGAGAAAAAAAGUUAUAAUAAAAAGGCCACAACAGCUACACUAUUAUUAGAUCUUGAAAAAUUAAUCAAAGAGGAAAAUAAUCCAGAUGCAUACAAAGUUUUAAAUGAUUUGCAAAAAUUGUUAGGCAUUGAAUAUGAUAAUAAUGCUGAGAUUUUACAAUUAUAUUUACAAAAUACUGAUAAUUUACAAAAUAAAAAUAGUGAAGAAUUACAUUUUAGUAGAAAUAUAGAUAAUAGUAAUUAUGAAUCGAAUACAUCUAAGCAAAAUAUAAUUAGUGAUAGAGACAGUGCAACAACAAAUAAACAACUUAAAACGAAAUUCAAGAAAAAAUUUAAUUCUGAUAUAGUUACAAAAAAAGGACCUCUCAAAGCUAUUAUUCCUUUGGAUAACAUGGAAAAACGAGUUAUAUCUACAGGUUCGAUUAAUAAAAAAAUGUCUUUGAAUAAUGUUACUCCUCCAAAACCGAUUGACGUUGUUCCUACAUUAAAUAUCGUGAGUAGUACGCCAAAUACAAAUGAGAUUAACAAAAAUUGCAAGUCCGAACCAACAGCUUCUUCAACUCCUAAUAUAGAAGGUUUGAGAAUGCAACGAACCAUUGUUCAAAAAUCACUAACUUUAAACAGCAAGAGCACAUUAAUAAGUAAUGUAUCUUCUGCUUUGCUGAGUUCUAAUACAAAAGAACCAGUUGGACUUUCAGUAAAUUGUAAUAAAAGAAUGCAACGAACUUUGUCGCCUCAAAAAAGGUCAUUCACUCCUAAAAAAACUUUUGAGAGUAGUCUUGAAUCUAGAUUGCCAAGAUAUUCUCCCCGUCCUAUUCGGGUACGAAACUAUUCUUUUGAUGAUUUGAAAACAGCCAAAUCGCUACAAACUAUGAGUAACGUACCAAAAUUUUCAUCUGAAAAAAAAUUAAAUCGACCUAUAAUCUUGAGUCCAUUAAAAAAUUGUAAUAAGGUGAAGCACAAGGAAAAAUUUGUAUCAAGAUUGGGAAAGUCUAGUAAUAUGCAGUCAGACUCUGAAAAAGAAAACUAUGCUUGAUGGCAUGUAAAACGUCAUAAUUUAAUUGAUGAUCAAUAUUAGAAGACAGAUUUAUUUUGUGUACUUUGAAGUUAAUUUUGUAUACAUUUUUUCAAAAUAAAGUUAUUAUUUUAAUUCAA